CGCGGCCUAAGCUCCGCCGCCCAAGUUCCACCACUGAUCGCCGCCACCGCCAGCCCCGCCUCUCACAAUCAUGAGUGACCCAAACCUGCCCAGCAACGCCGCCGCCGACGCCGCCGCCGCAGGUAUUUAUGAACUUUGUUUGAAAAUUUCGAAAAUGGUUAUUUAAAUUCGAUAAAUCCAUAGUUUUAUUAUGUUAAAAUGACAUUAAGAAGCUUUUGUUGAUGAAUUGUUGUCUGGAGAGCAGAUUUUUGAUUUGUUGUUCUUCAUUUUCAUUCGACCUGCAAAUGUCGUUUUUCAAAGGAAAAAUUCGACAUUUGCAGGUCGAUUUUGUAUGCUAUGAUUCGACAUCUUAAAGAUGUCGAUUUCUUAUCAUACAAUUCGACACCAAGAUGUCGAUUUUUUUAUGAGGAAUCGACAUCUACAAGAUGUCGAGAAACACUCAUAAAAAUCAACACCAAGGUGUCGAUUUUAUGGUCAAAAAUCGACAUAUAGAUGUCGAAAUUUAACUGUUUUUUUUUUUUUUUUUUUUUUUUAAUAAAUGUAACUGUUGUUGGUUUUUUGUAGAGGAUGCUCGUGUACGACAAACCGCUUCCCAUCGACUAUGUACCGCUAUUCGAUUAUUGAAGUAGUGUUAGAAUUAGUCGAUGCAUUUGAAAGGGUUUUUGUCGCCAUGUAAUUCUCGUUUCAUUUAUUGCAUAUUUGUUCUUCUCGUCGUGUUUAUUUGCCUCUUCUCAGAUAUAUAUAGUUCUUGUGCAUAAAGGUUACUUCGUUCAACAUUAUUUUUUUUACGAUAUUGAUUUCUUCGAUGGUUGUCGAUAGGCUCGAGCAUUUUAUGGAUUCCAAACUGCUAUGGAAAACAUACAUUCUGAGAUGUAUAGCUUGCUUUUGGAAACAUAUAUAAAGGACUCGAACGAAAAGCACAGAUUGUUUAAUGCAGUCGAAAACAUUCCUUGUGUUGCACGGAAAGCUAGUUGGGCUUUAAAUUGGAUUAAGAGUUCUAGCUCGUUUACAGAGAGACUUGUUGCGUUUGCUUGUAUUGAAGGCAUAUUCUUCUCCGGAAGCUUCUGUGCUAUUUUUUGGCUUAAAAAGAGGGGAUUAAGGCCGGGAUUGACAUCGAACGAGCUUAUUUCUAGAGACGAGGGUCUCCACUGUGACUUUGCUUGCUUAUUAUACAUGUGAUUUUAUCAUUCUUGU